CCUCAAUCAAAUAGUUUUGCUUUUAUUAACCCUUAAAAUGACUUAAAAAUCUGUAAUUUUCUGAUUUGGUAACACCAAGCUGAAAGCAGCCACUUUUAGAAAUAAAACCCCUGUAAAUAAGACAUGCAGAUUUGAGACAGCAGUGUUCCUGAGUCUGCUGUCGUCAUAUUUACAGGCGAUGUAUGAACAUCAUGUACAUGUAGCCCUCUUAAAGAGACCCGUGGCCUCUCUCUCUCUCGCUGUGUGCUGAAAAGCCUCCAGGCCGCUUCCUCAUGACAUCACAUGGUUGCAGAAUGACUUCUCUCACAUUCAUCUGUGAGGCAAGACUUCCUAAACACAGAGCGGGCCCGCUGCUCUGUUGAUACUGAGAGCGGAAAGAAAAGGCUUCAGUUUCUUGUGCUUAUCAUUUGUGAAAAGGAGCCUUCGACUACUUUUGAGUGUGUUUAUAAGCCACAAAAUUAUCAGCCGUCUCAUCAUCUGAUGUUGCUUCCUGUCUCCAUCGUCAUGGCGACUGUAAGAGCCCCAGAGCGCUGGAUACAGGAUCAGUGAAGAGGCCUGAUGUCUGAUUCCACUCCUGGCUGCAGCUGAAAUACAUGCUACUUACACACUCUCCUUGAAAAGAGUCCCAGACAUGGAGGAGGAGGGCAGGGUGAACGGCUUUGGACGGAGCCCAGAGAGGAGGCGCUCAGAAUGGGGGCGAAUCUCCCUGCUGGACAAGACCAAGGAGUUCUUCCAGACCUGCGAUGUGGAGAGCAAAGGCUUCAUCACCCGCACCGAUAUGAGGAGGCUCCACAGAGAGCUGCCUCUGUCUGCAGAGGAGCUGGAGGACGUGUUUGACUCUCUGGAUACAGAUCGCACCGGUUACCUCACGCUGGAGGCAUUCUCCUCCGGAUUCAGUCAAUUCCUGCAUGGCCGGAGGAUCUCUGUGGCCGAUGACCAAAAUCAGGCCCCCAGCCCCGUCUUUAGGGCCAAGGAAGCCCUUUAUCAGAGCCAAUGGGAAGCCAAGCUGUCAGCAGCUGAGGAUGAGGAGGAGGGCCACUUCUGUAUGCUGAUGGAAAGCCUGGGGGCCAGCAACGUGUUUGAGGAUCCAGGCGAGGUGCGCAGUCUUUGGGCGCAGCUGCGGCGAGAUGAGCCUCAUCUCUUGUCCAAUUUUGAAGAGUUCCUGGCCAGGGUCACCCACCAGAUCAAAGAGGCCCACCAGGAGAGGAAGGAGAUGGAGAGCGCCCUCCAAAGGAAGGCUGCGACACAUGACAGCGAGAUCCGUUAUUUAUAUGAAGAGAUGGAGGCGCAGAUUAAAAACGAGAAGGACAGGCUGAUACUAAAGGACUCUGAGCGUCUUCAGCUGCGUAGCCAGGACCUGGAGCACCAGCUAUUUUCCAAGGAGAAGGAGCUGGAACAUCUUUUCCAGAAGCAGAAAAGGUUAGAGCUCCAGUGCCACGAGCUGAACAGUGAGAAGCAGGAGAGCCACGUGGAGAACAUCAAGCUGAAGAUGACCAACGACGAGCUGUCCCGAGCGCUGCAGAGCACCAGCCAGGAGCUGGUGCUGGCACAGGAACAGCUGGCCAUGCUGCAGGAGCAGGCGGCCCGGCUGCAACAGGAGAAAGAGAUGGAAAUGUACAGAGUGACGGAGGGACUGCAGAGAGAGAAGCAAAGUCUAAUGAAGCAACUCGACCUCCUCAGAGAGAUGAACAAACAUUUAAAAGAUGAGCGAGACAUAUGCUGCGGUGUACCUCGGACCUCACUCAGAAAGAAGCAGAAGCAGAGAACGGGCCUCGCCAAUAUAUUCGAUGACGCCAGCCAGCCGGCAAAAAGAGCCCCACUGUUGGUGGACGGGUCCUACCAGUCUUUGGAGGCUUUGCCUAUAGAGCACCUUCAAAUCGUGUUUGUUGCUUCCUCCUCCUGCAGUGAGGAUGACACCACCACCACCACCACCACCGCUCCCUCAUCAACCACCACCGUUAGCGCCCCUGCAUGUCAACAACGUCCUGCAGCAAAGAAAAUCUCCAGCUUAGCCAACGGUUACGCCAACGCUGCUUCACCCAAAGUGCCGGACGUGAAAGCAAAAGCCAAAAAAUCACCCAGUAAGAUUUCCUCCACUAAGCGGUUGAUGGGAAAAGACAGAGAAAGAGCAAAGAAAGCGGAAACUGGGAGGAAGACAGGGGUGGAGGAGGACGUUUUGGACUCACCUCCGGAUGGGUGGCCCCUCCGUCGAGUCAUCUCCAUCGAGGAGGACCACCUGCCCCACCUGCUCCAAGGAGGGCCUCAGCCUUUACUGCACCAGCUCAGCGAGGAGGAAGACGAGGUGUUCGAUGAGGAAGAAGACGAAGCUCAGAGUGACAUUGAAACAAGUGUUGUCAUGGCAGCAGACCUUUCCGCCACCCCACCAUCGAGUCAUGCCCCUGAAGCUCCUUUGGCGAGGAAAUCCCGCUCGACGCGGUCGAAAAAGACGCCCAUGUCUCCAAGAGGACAGCCUGUCGGGAAGGAGACUCAGCAAACAAAAGAAGAGGCACUAUUUGCUCCGGACCGCCUGUUUAAAGUUGUCAUGGUUGGAAACUCUAGUGUAGGCAAGACAUCCCUGCUACGCUCCUUCUGUGAGGGCCGUUUCCACCCCUCCACAACUGCUACUGUGGGUAUUGACUUCAGUGUGAAGACACUCACCCUGGACAAUAUGCAGAUAGCCAUGCAGCUGUGGGACACAGCUGGUCAAGAAAGGUACCGCAGCAUAACCAAGCAGUUCUUUCGCAAAGCGGACGGCGUGGUGGUGAUGUACGACGUCACAGUGGAGGAGAGCUUCAAGGCCGUGCGACCCUGGCUCAUCAACGUCCAGGAAGCAGCAGGAGAAGGGAUCCCCAUCCUCCUUUUGGGCAACAAAAUGGACAUGGAUGAAGACAGGGAGGUUUCAUUCAAGGAAGCUGAGCAGUUGGCUUAUGAAAACAAGGUGAUAUUCUUUGAGGUCAGCGCCUACACUGGCAAGAAUGUGACAGAGUCCCUGACACACCUGGCCAGAGUGCUAUUGGAGCAGGAGGACAGGGUGAGAGACACAACAGUCAUUCUGAGUGCUCAGCCUAUAAAGAAGAAAGCCUGCUGCAAGUGAAGGGUUUGCUCAGUUUCCCAAGUUCUAGAUCACUUUUUGCAAAGUUUGAAGACAACAGUGAAGUCAUUCUUGGACUUAGGUCGACAUAAAGGACUGUGCUGCAUGUGUAAACAUGAAAACUACAGUCUAGUUUAAAUGAUGAGGCUCAGAGGAGAAGUUUAAGGUGCUGCACCAUCUCCUGUAAAUAAUGCUGUGUUGCCAAAUCACAGUAGUGCUGUCUAUAAGAUUUAAAAAAUACAAACAUAUCCUGUAUUAUAAUUACUUUCGAUAACACCCGAGAGAGAAAUCAUGAAUAUACUGUAGCUUUUUCAUAACUUAAUACUAGCUUUCAAUAAUAAAUUCUCUCUGUAUGUCUGAUGCAGUAUAUGUUGAUGUAGUUAUAUUUUAUGGCUGAAGCUAAAACUGAACUAAAUUAUUUCAUUGUAAUGGCUGUUUAAAUGAAAAUCACAAGAGAAAAAUCUGAUUCUUUGACGUUUUAUUCAUCACCCUUUUCAUUGUUAUUUUUCACAUUGUUUGUUUGUCCAAUCAAGACAAAGUGUCCCAUGACGUAUUGCAUCUGUGUUUGUUUCUGUUCUGAGGCAUUUUUCUGUUUUAUUCUGGCACCAAAGUCCAUUUUGUUCUCAAUUAUCCUUAAUUAAAGAAAUAAAGAAAUUACAUUUCA